CUAUAUAAACCUCUCUGCACUUUCCCUUCACCAAACUCCAUACCCAUUCUCUUCAACUAUGCCUUUCUCUCUCUAAAAGACUCACAAUCAAUCAAAGGUCAAAGCUUCCUCAAUUUUCUUGCUCUUUUGGUUAAGGACUGGUAGACUAAACGAGUUUGGUUUAUAACGUCUUUAUGGCUGUUGAGCAGCACUUUGCACGCGAUUGGAAAUCAUUCUCUGCUGCAGUGGAAGACACCGAGAAGAUUUCUGCUUGCUUCGACUGCAACAUUUGCCUGGACUUUGCCAGCGAUCCGGUGGUCACUCUGUGCGGCCAUCUCUACUGUUGGCCUUGCAUCUAUGAGUGGUUUCAGGUGCGGAGCAGCUCAGACGAGCCUCUGCAGUGCCCCGUUUGCAAGGCCGAGCUAUCAGACACAUCCGUAGUGCCUCUUUAUGGCAGUGGCAAGAAACUGCCCGAGUCUCAACCCGAAGGCAAGCCUUCCGCUUUAAAGGUGCCCCCGAGGCCACCUGCCAGUCCACAGCCGUUGGCAAGUCCCAAUUCCCAGCCGCUUCCGUAUCUGCACAACUACCCUUAUUCCCCCCACGCCACCACGCACGCAGGCGAUGCCUCGUUUAGCCUCGGGAACAAUGCAGGCGUGGCUGUCAACGCUCCCGAGGUCGGGAUGCUCGGGGAGAUGGUGUACGCUCGGGUGUUCGGGAACUCGGAGAGCUUGUACGCCGCGUACCCUAAUUCGUACCAGGCCCGGGGAAACAGCAGCCCGAGGCUGAGGCGACAGGAGAUGCAGGUGGAUAAGUCACUGAACAGAAUUACAACCUUCCUUUUCUUCUGCUUCCUUCUGUGUCUAUUGCUGUUUUAGAAUCAUUUUGCUGUUCUAUACCACAUUCUGUCAGUCUGUAUAAAAUGGUCUCAUCCAUGCUUGUGAGGAUCUUGAUGUGUAACACCAUAUAUAAUACCAUGAUGUGAUCUCAAGUUUUUGCCAAGAAAACAGCAGCCAUUCUUGAUCUUCCA